AUGAAUAUAUUUCAGAAAUCAGCAAAAUUGCUGGAAGAACCAUGUGACUACACAAAGAUUAAAAAUGAAUUUAUAAAAAUAUCUGCUCUGGCUGCAGCCAUCUUGGCAACCACAUUGACUGGGCGGACUGUUGCCAUUCCUCAGCCUCGCCAGAGAUCCAGGUCUGAAAGUGAGACGACAUACACCGGAAAGGACAGCUUCAUUGAGCCCUAUGCCACCACCUCAGAGCUGAGGCUUCGACCAACUUGGCAGAAUGAGAUGGGAAGAGGAACUUCUUUCCCAUCCUUUGAAAUGCUGGGCUAUGGGGAGGAAGAGGACACUGACACACACCUGUCAUCCAGCUGCAAGGAGUCGGGGAACAUCAGUGCUCUGAAUGAAGCGAGAGGGCACAGUGAUGCAGUGUAUGCUGUGCCACACAGAGAUCAGGUUCCAUUACAUGGGGUGGACAGUGAAGAAAAUGAAAAUAUUUCUGAGCCAGAUGGGUUCCCAGACUCAGGUCUUACACCACAGCGUACACAAGAAAAAGGUGGCAAACAUUCUGUUCUGAAUUUAAAGGAUGAAAAACCACCGUUAUAUGAAAAGCCUCCACCAUCUCCAGAUAUAACUGGUAAAACACGCCAAAGAUGUAUAGAGAUAACCAAAGAAAAGUUUGAGGAAUUCAAAGAAGAAAAUUUGCAUCUAAACAAUACAAAUCAAACUCUUACCUUUGAACUUUAUGUAAUAAAACAAGGAAUGAAAGAACUACAAUUAAAACUUAAGAAAAUGGAAAAAGAAAAUGGAAGGCUGAAACAGGUUGAGAAAGCAUCCUCUCAGGAAGUGGCUAUGCCUGAAUUACUUUGUCUAAGAAAACAAGUUGAAGAACUGGUGGAUGAAAAUGAUGGAUUGAAAAUGACUAUCCAUCGUUUGAAUGUAGAGCUGAGUAGAUAUCAGACAAAAUUCAGGCAUUUGUCCAAAGAAGAGAGUUUACACACUGAAGGCCUUCCAUUAAAAGGUCCUAUACCACCCUGGUUGUUGGAUAUAAAGUACCUGUCACCAUUGUUGCUGGCUUAUGAGGAUAGAAUGAAAGAACAGGAUGAUCUCAAUGCCACCCUUAAGGAGGAAAUGAGGAUGUUUAGGAUACGAGUCCAAGAAGUGGUGAAAGAAAAUGAAGAAUUGCACCAAGAGUUAAAUAAGAGGAGUCCUGUUACCAGUAAUGAAUGGCAUCAGCUUCAAACUCAAGCAGAACUGGUUUUAGAGGAAAACAAGUUGUUGAUAGAGCAUUUGGAGAUUCAGCAAAGGAAAGCCAAGGACACCCAGCAGAAGCAUCUCCAGGAAGUUUCCAAACUGACUAAACAGCUUAUGUUUCUGGAGACAAAAACACAGAGCCAGGAAAAGGAGCUCACUGAAAACAAGGAGCAAUUGAAAGUUUUACACAACAAAUGCGAAGAAUUAAAAUCACAAUUGGAUGGAAAAAUUGCAAUGAAAGUUCAUGCUUCAAUUGUGAAUGAAUUUAAAAGCCAGUUACAGAAGGAAGAGGAGAAAGGAAGUGCUGAGAUAGAAGAGUUGAUGGAAAAGCUGACAGUCCUGCAAGUAGAGAAAAAGAGCCUGCUGUUAGAGAAGAAAAAUUUGACAGUUAGAAACAAAGCACUGGAAGCUGAACUUGAAGUUGCACAGAAAAUAAAUAGGAGAUCGCAGAAGAAAAUUGAUGUCCUUAAAAAGCAACUGGAAAAAGCCAUGAAAAAGGAGAUGUCUGCUCACCAAUACUUGGCAAAUCUUGUUGGACUUGCAGAGAAUAUAACACAGGAACGUGACAAUCUCAGGUGUUUGGCUAAGUGUUUAGAAAAUGAGAAGCAUACAGUUCUCAACAAACUAAUAGAAGACAGUAUUCGCUUGGGGAAAUUAGAGGAAAAAGUCAAGGGCUAUAAGAAGCAGGAAGCACUGCAGCUGGAUGACACCACUCACCGCCUGAUGGAGCAGCAGGAGGACUUUGCUGGCAAGACAGCUCAGUACCAGCAGGAGAUGAGGCACCUCCACCGGAUGUUACAGGACAAGCAGGAAGUCCUGGAUGAGACACUGCAGCAGAAGAGAGAAAUGGAAGAGGAGCUUGAAAUUGUUUGGGAGUCUACCUCCAAGGAAAACAGAAGAAUUCGAGAACUUCUUCAGGCCACACUAGAGAAAACAGGCAUGGGGGACAACACCAGAGUGGGCAAGGACCCCUGCCUCAAUGGCGUCCCCCAGGAAGACAUGCUGGAUGGCUACAGCAUCAGGCACUGUGACCUGAAGCCUCCUCCAAGCCCCUGCCAGAGUCCACAGGAGCCCCUGGGUUAG